AUGAAGGAGGGGAGAAGGAGCUUCAGCGUGGAGAGAGGAGAGAGGCCGCGGAAGGAGAGCGCCCAGAGUGGAAUGUGGAAGGGAAACAGCCCAGCGGGGAGCCAGGGGACAGCCAUGGAAGGGACAGGUGGGGACCUGGGAGGACAGAGGAACUGGGGUCCGGAGGAUGCUCCAGGCCUGUUGGCUAGGGCCUCCCUGACAAUGCUCCCGUGGCCACUGCCUCUGGCCUCCUCGGCCCUCACCUUGCUCCUUGGGGCCCUCACUUCUCUGUUCCUCUGGUACUGCUACCGCCUGGGUUCCCAAGACAUGGAGGCCCUGGGGGCUGGGAGCCGGGCUGGGGGUGUUCGUGGUGGGCCUGUGGGAUGCUCCGAGGCUGGUGGGUCAAGCCCAAGGGGUCCUGGGGAGCCCGGGGAAGGACCUAGGACAGAAGGCCUAGUGAGCCGGCGGCUUCGGGCCUACGCCCGGCGCUACUCCUGGGCUGGGAUGGGUAGAGUGAGGCGGGCAGCUCAGGGUGGCCCAGGCCCCGGGGGAGGGCCAGGGGUCCUAGGCAUUCAGCGCCCAGGCCUGCUUUUCCUACCAGACCUGCCUUCAGCCCCCUUUGUGCCGCGGGACGCCCAGCGGCACGACGUGGAGCUCCUGGAGAGCAGUUUUCCUGCCAUUUUGCGGGACUUCGGGGCUGUGAGCUGGGACUUCUCAGGGACUACCCCUCCGCCUCGGGGCUGGUCCCCACCUCUGGCCCCCGGGUGCUACCAGCUCCUGCUGUACCAAGGAGGCCGGUGCCAACCCAGCAACUGCCGCCGGUGCCCGGGGGCCUAUCGGGCACUGAGGGGACUUCGAAGCUUUAUGAGUGCCAACACCUUCGGCAAUGCCGGCUUUUCCGUCCUCCUGCCUGGGGCCCGGCUCGAGGGCCGCUGCGGGCCCACCAAUGCCCGGGUCAGAUGCCAUCUGGGCCUGAAGAUCCCUCCUGGCUGUGAGCUGGUGGUUGGCGGUGAGCCCCAGUGCUGGGCUGAGGGGCACUGUCUACUGGUGGACGACUCUUUUCUGCACACAGUGGCUCACAAUGGCUCCCCCGAAGAUGGGCCUCGAGUGGUCUUCAUCGUGGACCUCUGGCACCCCAACGUGGCAGGGGCCGAGCGCCAGGCCCUCGACUUUGUCUUCGCACCAGACCCCUGAAGGAAGGUGCUCCCUUCACACUCCUGGGCUGGAGAGACGCUGCGCUCAGGGACGGCUUCAUGGUAGCCAGUCCAUACUGCGGGGGGUGGGCGGGGCGGAGGGUGGGCACUGGCUAGUGAGCACUGAAAUAUAAAUUCUGAAUCUUCUCCUA